GGCAAAAAUAUGCUUUUGAACAAGUAUUUUAAAACAUCUGAAUUUCCUGAUUGAACAACUUGGAACCACACCUCAAAAACGGAGAGAAACAGCAUAUGUGCGGUCGGUGCUAUACGUUGGUGUUUGAAAAGGCAUCAAACGGAUACUUUUGCUACUGGCUAUCCAAAUUGUUUGGGCACAUUUAAGAACGGAGCACAGAUAACAGGGACGCCUUGGCUGCACUAAGGAUCAUGUUAAUGUAGACUGACACGGAGUCCAGUGAGUGAGGGCAGGAGGAUUCCAUCGUGUGUUUUGGACAGAGUUGACUUUUGAAAUCCACUAAGCCUCUGGGCAUGAUAAAACAGAGCUGGACGAGAGCCAUGUCAUUAUGAAAAGGGUAAUCAAACGAUCGGCAGCGGGCCCAAAGGAAACUGAAGUCCAAACCCAGUGGUGGAAAAACAACCUGUAGAAAGAAGCCGAAUCGUCAGAGCAAGCGAUUAAACCCUAAGGACUGUAAUCUGACUGGAUACCAGAAGAAGGAUUAAGACACCGGGAGGCUUGAGAGAAUCAGGACCUGGUAUUUUGCAGGUGCUGGGUUUGGGGAUUGACCCACUUUGGCUAUCUGAUGCAAGGGAUCUGGAUGCACCAGGACUAUCCCAAGAUUGAGGGUCACAGGGGCUACCUGUCUUCACCAGCCUGCAAGGCGGCGACAGAGAGCAGGGCGCUGAACCGGCGGAGCCCGGGAAUGAGCGAGUUCUGGCACAAGAUGGGCUGCUGCGUGGUGGCCAAACCCCCACCGAAGAAGAGGAGGAGGAAGAUUGACCGCAGCAUGAUCGGAGAGCCCACAAACUUUAUGCACCUCACACACAUUGGCUCUGGGGAGAUGGCAGAAGGUUUGCCGCCGUCAGGGUCAGUCCAGGAACAGAUGAGGUCCAAAGGACCCAGCACCAAUGGCAGAAGCAGCCUCUUAUAGCCAACAUAUGGACCAAUCCAGAGACUCGAUGUGAGUUCCUCAUUUCCCCCUUCCUCGGACCCAGCCUCAAGCCAACCUGCAUGGACCAACUCUGCAUAUUGCACUUAGGCCCACAAUGACCACCGCAAAUGGCAGAAUAAAAAAACAAAGAUCUAAAACAAUGACUUUAUUUCCCAGAAUCCCUUUCAGCCUCCAUCACCAGUUUAAAAUGGGACAUGACUCCUGCCAUGAAGAGGGGGAAGUACCCUGGAUUCUCACUCAGCACUGGGGACUGGAUGGGAUUAUUUGUGGGCUUUUAGGUUGCUUUUAGGUUGCUUUGAUUAAACAUAGGAGGUAUCAGCUACUGGCGGAUAUGGAUUUUCCCAUUUUUGUCUCCGUCUCAAGCAAGGGAUUGUCCGAAUAUUUCUCUAACAAGACCGUCUCACAAGUGUAAUACUGAUCUUGCAAUAACGCAAACAAACAGGUCUUCUUUAUUCUUGACUCGGAAGUGGUGCGUUUGCCCUUUUUAAAAGUGUUGUGCCUUUAACGAUUAUAAUGCCUUUAUAAGUAGUGCAUGGUGGAAAUUGAACCCAUCGGUUUCCUGACAAGCAUGCAUUUUUCAUAUGUAUUGCUAAAGUGCAGUGGCCAAAUUGAUAUUUUUGGUUUUGGAAGUAAAGUUCCUCAAUUGACAAGCAGGAUGUGGCAUCUACCUUGGCUCCACCCACUACUUGUCUGUAGUUUGAGAUCCAAUCCUAGCAGCACUGUAGACAUCCAGGGGUGGGAGUGGUCACUUGUAGGCCUACAGUGCUAAUGUUUUGGCACUUUGCAUGUUUCACGUGGACAGUACUUAGACAUCAUCUCACACAUUCCACCAUUAGUCACUGUCUUUCUUACAAACACGCCAAGUUUCUCAUAGACACCCCCUCGUGUACAUACUUCUACCUUCAGUGUUAUUGCCAAAGUUAUGCCUUUUAUAUAGUAGGUGCUUUUUUUUUUACUACCAUGCAUGAUUUAACACCAGCCAAUCUGAACACUGGAUAGCAUUGGCAGGUAGCCUAGCCGUUAGGGAGUUGUGGCACUAACCCGGAAGGUUGCUGGUUUGAAUACCCAAGCCGACAAGGGGGGAAACAAAUCUUAUCGAUAUGCCCUUGAGCAAGGCACUUAACCCAAAUUUGUUCCAGGGAUGCUGUACUACUAUGGCUGACCCUGUAAAAACAACACAUUUCUCUGCACCUAUCCGGUAUGUGACAUAACAUUUUAUUUAUAUUUUAAUUACCUUCUGUAGUGUCCCAUAGACUCGCUCUCUUGGUGUUUAAAGAAAAUGUGUGUGGUGUGCACAAUUCUACACUGAAUGCUUAUAGAAUUGACCCAUCCCGAAUGUUCCUUUUUAUUUGGGGGGGGGGGGGGGUAGUAGUCUUGUUGAGCAGUCCACUUCUAAGCAUUUGCAAGCUGAACGUAAGUCUCAAUUGGCUUUAUCUAAAAGCUCUCAGCCAGUUGGACUGUAAGUUCAGCAGGGUUAUGUCAACCAUGCCACAAAUUGAUCAAAAACCAUGGCAACUUGGGUCUCCUAUUGCACAGUGUUAGUCUUAGAAUUGCCCCCUGUCAUUCUAAGCUGAGACAUGCUCAUUCGCUUUUUAGCUAUUCUCAAAGGUAACCUUAUGGGCUUUCUGUUUCAAUGACAAUCUACAAUUCAGGUUAGAGGAAAUGGCAGAGCCUAUAAUACUGCAGAGAGAAAGUGAUGGCUGAUUUUUGUUAUACGAAAAAUAACAGGUCACAAGUUGUCUUGACUCAUGACCGCUAAAUGGACCAACUGUUGUCAUAUUCUAUUUAGAUGCCUACUACAGUUCAAAAGCUUGCAGUAUGAGUGAGUUUGCAUAGAAAUGAUUAUAAUGAUUUGUUUUUAAUGUUUUAUGACUGCCCUUAUUUUUAUCAGCUUUGGAGACAGAUUUUUAAGUUCUUUGUUAAUGUUUUGUUUCAUAUGCUUAAGAUUUCUAAUCUCAGACAGUAGAGAUUCCAGGAUGCAAUGUACCUACUUUUCAGUCUCGCUGUUAAUGUUGCAGUCUUUUCCUGGGUCUCCCUCUUUGCUCUGUUUUUAAUUGGUCAUGUGUUACACAGUCCUCCUAUGAGAACGUUGGUGUACAGAUGUGUGAGAGGAGAGUAAGUGUUUCGCAAACCUUUGAGUGUUUUCUCGGCUUCUGGCCUUUUUUCCCCUCCUGAAAAUACAGUCAAUAUUUUAUGUAUGUUUGUUUACUUGAAAGAGCCAUUUACUUUUGAAAGUGCACGUCCUCAAGUGUAUAUGAAAAAGUAAUUUGUCUGUCACUUAAGGAAUCCUGCACAGACAAAUUAUACCCAGUUGAGCAGUUUAGGGAUAACUGUAGAAUAUUUUUGAGUUUAGGGAAAUCAAACAUUUUCAAGUUUGAAUUAGUCUUCAGACUCAGAUUGACAGCAAAAAUCUCUAAAGAAAUCACUGUUGAUAAUAACUUCUGUUACAUUUGCUGUGAGGAACUAAACUCAAAUUUAAGUUCCCCUGUUUCAGUCUGAGCGAAUUUCACUGUGCAAAGUUGCAGGAAGAUACUUUUACUGUUACGAGAGGUUUCACCCAGCCUUUCAUACUCCAUCUUGUGUUUUAUUACAAGCAGCUGUUUCUGAUACCACAGUAAUCUCAACAACCUAUAAUGCUUUUAGUCUGAGCAGCCCAGAGUCUAACCAUGGGGCAGAGCCCAGGAUAACACAUUCAUUACCUACUUCACUAGGGAGGGGGGGGAAAGUGCCCAUGGAAAAACUGAAGAUGUGGUAGGUGUAGUAGUUUGGUGGAAACAACAUGUGGGAAAAGUCUGAAGCUAUUGUCUUUGCAAUGACUAGUGUAAACUUGACACGGCAAGGAUGACUGCAUAAACAAACUUCUGGCUGGCCAUAUUUAGCUAUUUGUAAUAUAUCACAACAGACUAGAAAUAUAUUUCACUUGAAAGUAAGUUUGUUUGGGAACCAUAAAGUAUCACUUACUAUUUCCAGAUUGUCCAAUAAAGAUGGACAAAAGAGAUUUAAAAAUCAUCGUUAAAGGUUGUUGAAUGUUGAGAGCAUUCUAAACUUCCAACUGAACCAUAUGAGACUAAAUGUAGACUGGAUAUUCGUGACUACGUGUUCCUUUGCUCAGCAUCAACCAUUUUACUAUGGGCCCAAUACAUUGGAAUCUCUUUUGCAACCAAGAAAUUGACAAUUCUAUCUACCCUAAAAUAGUGUUUUGUUUAGUUUUUUUGCCCAGUGAUUUCUCUCCUGUCCUCACCAUGUGCUUUUCAGCUUCUCUUGCCUGUCACUCUUCAAGGUGUUUUCUAGAGGAUAUUUAAACCAACAACACUCCCUCUUUCACAAUGGACUCUGUUCCUAUAUAAAACAUUGGGUAUAGGCAACAGUCUCAGGCCUUGGCUGCAUGUAUACCACUGUACACACACACACACACACAGGGCCUGUCCUUGGCAGAGCUCAGCAAAAGUCCAUCGCCUGAAUGAAGGAAAUCUAUGGCCCAUUGUGCUUCUUGAUUACACUAAGGGCAGCCGGCAGAUAGGAUCCGGCCUAGAACAAGAUAACAGUGCCUUUAUCAAUGUUUUUCAGCAUGAGAAGUUGGAGCUGUUGGUUAAUAUGUAACAUGGGGCUGUUUUUAUAUCGGGCCUCCAAAUAAUGACUUCUGUAAUGAAUCUUACACAAUGACUGAUGGUAGGCAUCAGACUACUGAGCAACUGCGGCACUUACUGUACUACAGGUCCUGUUUUAGAGCCCAAUUAAUGGAACAUGCUGUAUUGAUGGAUGAAGUUAUCAUAAAAUUAUAAUGCGUUAAACUAGGGAUUAAAGGAUCCAAAAUGUAUGUACAUUCGUUUGAAUCAUGCAGAGACAUUUAUCAUAUAGAAGUGUGUGUGUGUGUAUUUGCAAAUGUGUGUUGAUAUAAUACCACAUAUGGUCAUUGAAAACACAAAAUAAGGAGAUACUAACUAUUUACGCCGUAUACAACCGAGAACAGUAUUACAUGUUUUUCUAAUCAAGGGCUUGUUAACAGAUAUUGAUGCAUGCUAAGUAAAGAAAGUGGCAACAUCAGUAAAUUCUCUCUAGAUUCAAAACACUUUUAAAGGCUGAAUCAAUCAAACUUUGGACUUGUUUUUCCUAGAUGGGAUCUGUCAAGCCUGAUUUUCCCCCCAAAAUUGCAAUUCUCUGUCACUUUUCGUACUCAACUCUAAACAUCAGCCUCGUCCCAAUCUCACACUACUUCAUACACUGUUCUCUGUUCCUGUUUGAGUUUCCCCACAGCUACCUCACUUCCUUUUCACUGUCAGGUUCCAUUUCCUGUGCAUCCGGUGAAUUCGCACAGGCAGUCUCACCUUCUGCGCUUUGGGCCAAAUCCCCCUUUCCCUCCCUCUUUCUCCCUCCCCCUGUGCUCCUUUUUAUUAAGUUCUGUGUGGAAGGAGAGGAAGUGGGUAGAGGCUAAACACCCUCCCUCCGUACCCAACAGCGCUCUUAAAAACAACCCAUUCACUCAUGCACUGGAAAACAAGUCCCCAUGUAUAAGGAGUUCUAUUGAGAGAAUGAUGUUGAACACGAGACAAUCGGGUUUAUUCAUAGACACUUUUAUCACAUGGACUAGUUUCCUAUUUAUAGGAAAAUACAGACUUUGGCCAAAUACAAUUUAGUAAACUUUAUUUUAAAGUAUAAUCUAUAGAAGUGUUGUAGUUGUACUUCCAAUAGAUUUGAUGGGGUAUUUACAAACAUAUUUUUUUAACUAGGCAAGUCAGUUAAGAACAAAUUCAUAUUUACAAUGACGGCCAAACCCUAACCCUGACGACCUCUCUAUGGGACUCCCGCUCACGGCCGGUUGUGAUACAGCCUGGAAUUGAACCAGGGUCUGUAGUGACACCUCUAGCACUGAGAUGCAGUGCCUUAGACAGCUGUGAAACUCUGGAGCCAUAUUGUUUUCUCUUGGUAGACAAACAUUUGAGAAAGUUAUGCUAUUAGGACAAAAAUGAAAAUAGAAAAGGAUGAAAUGAAUCACAUUUGAAAAGAAACAUCCCAGCCAAUGCUUCCAUCAGUCAGUCAACUAAUUGUCAAUGAGUCAUAUGACAGCUUGCUUAUCUAGCUUUGUAGACACCAGCUUUCUCAGUUAAUUUUGUAUUAUUUCAGAUGAAGGAAUCAAUAAAAACAUAAUUUAAACACA